AUGUCGACAAGUUCAGGUUUCUGGCAAAUGGCUGGCAGGAUUCGGGCCUGCCGAUGUGCCAGUCGACAGGUUGCUAGCCAGCCAAUCACUAGCAAUUCUUCGCUUUUAAGGAGAGCGGGUCUUCGGCAUUUCCAUGAAAGCAAGCUCAUAUUGAACAGUAGCAGCAAGAGUGGUAAAUUGUCAAAUAAAAGUAGUUCUUCGAAAAAAAGUAGCGACAUUUCAGUGACAUCGAGUUCGAGCUCUAAUACGUUAGCCAAAUUUCUAGCUGAAACAAUUAAUGCUACUGGACCCAUUUCUUUGGCUAAUUAUAUGAAGCAAUGUCUAACAAAUCCCACUGGUGGCUACUAUAUUAAUAAAGAUCCGUUUGGAGCGGGCGGUGAUUUUGUAACUUCUCCAGAGAUUUCACAGAUGUUUGGUGAAUUGGUUGGAAUCUGGGUUCUAGCUCAAUGGAUGAGCCAGGGUCAGCCAGCAAAGUUUAGGCUCGUGGAGUUUGGACCUGGUAGAGGAACCCUGAUGGAUGAUUUAUUACGAGCCGCCAGAUCAUUUCCACAGUUUAAUGAAGCAAUUAAGGAGAUUUAUAUGAUUGAAGCUAGUCCUACAUUACGGAACAUGCAAAAGAAUUUGCUCUGUGGAGAUUCCACCAUUCUCAAUCCUGCUGAUACCGGGUUUAGAGGAACUACCAAAUGGAACAAUCCUAUUUUCUGGUAUGAUAAUGUCAAGGAACUUCCUAGAGAUGAUAUUGCUACUUUUAUUAUUGCACAUGAAUUUUUCGAUGCUCUCCCUAUUCUACAAUUUGAGCACACUGAAAAUGGGUGGAGAGAAAGAGUCGUUGAUUGUACUCCAUUUGGAAGAAGUGGACUGGGUUCAUCAACGGGUUCAUCGGCUGGUUCUGCCGCUUUAGCCAUGGCCACUUCAUCAAACAAUACUCCAGUAAGGUUUCAUAUGACUAUCAACCCUCACUGGACUCCUUCAAGCAAAAUCGUUCCUCAAACGCACGAGCGGUAUUCAAAGCUGCCGGUCGGAUCCCGAGUGGAAAUCUGUCCUGAAGGAUGGGACGUAUCUGCUCAAAUGGCCGAUGUUAUUGCAAACUGUGGCGUUGGUGGUGCUUUGAUUAUUGAUUACGGCUCAUCUGACACUGUCCCAGUCGACUCUCUCCGCGCCAUCAAAGACCAUAAAAUCGUAUCACCAUUCUCCACUCCUGGAGAAGCAGAUCUAUCCACUGAUGUUGACUUCCAGGCUCUUAAAAUCGCCGCUCAAGAGUCUUGUCCUGUCGAUGUACAUGGUCCUGUCACCCAGGCAGAUUGGCUUCAUACAAUGGGUAUCGGUGCUCGUGCUACAGCCCUUGCUAACAGUCAAGAAUCUGAAGAUGGCAAAAUUCGUAUCUCGGAGGCAUAUAACCGUCUCGUUAGUAAUAAUGUUGGCGGAAUGGGUAAAAUAUAUAAAGUUAUGGCCAUCACCCCACAAGGAAGCCCUGUACCAGUUGGUUUUGGUGGUGAUGUAGUAUAA